AUGCAAGGCCUUUUCCUGUUGAAGCACAUCCUGAAGGAGUGCACAGGGGCAGACACUGAGCAGGGAUGGGCUUUUUGGGCGGUUGCCUGUGUUCCAAGAGUCCUGGAGGAGAAUGCAUCCAGCUGCCCCUGCAGGCUGUUAGCAGUUGAAUGGCUCAAACGCUUGGGCUCCCAUCUCCUCUGUGAGGUCAUUUGCCAUGCUGUUGCUUGCAGCGAGACCGAGCCAAUUGCUCAGCUGGUGGCCCGGCAGAGGAGUUCCAAGAGGAAGACGGGACGGCAAGUGAACUGCCAGAUGAGGCUGAAGAACACGUCUCCAGUCAAGCUGGCAGGGAAGCCGAAAGGAACUUUGAGACAGCCCAGGUCUUUGAGUGUGCCAGAAGAAGGCAGCAAGAGGCCUGUUCCUCGCUUGCCACGAAGCAGAGGAGUGGCCGGUGGUGUGGUGAAACCCACUGUGGAGAGUGCCCGUCUUGCCUUGUCAGCAGCUGCUGGGAGCGGACCACCUAAGGAAAUGCCCAUGCAGAGACACGUCACUGUGGUCAACAGUGUGGCACUCAUCUGCUGAAACAACAUGAGGGGGAGUUGCAUUCUGG